CUAAAUUUAAUAAGAAACGAUGUCUUUCUACAAAGCUUUGCAUAAUUUAAGUACAGCAGAUUUUUAUGACGAAGGGGCACCUCGCAAACGGAGAGUUUCAGGAGCGACGAAGGAGUUUUACGAGAUUGAGAGAGUCAUUUCGCGUAGAGUUCGUCGUGGAAAGGUAGGUUUUCGAUUAAUAUGUUGUGUGUGUGCGUUAUAUUUUGUAUUACAUUGGUUUGUGUGGGUUUUCUGCUUCCAGAUUGAAUACUAUGUCAAGUGGAAAGGUUUUUCCAGUUUGGAGAACACUUGGGAACCCAGACAAAAUUUGAAUUCAGCUGCAAUUAGUGCAUUUGAAAAUCCAACACCUUCAACUGAAGCAAUAGAACUAGGGAAAGAUGCUUUGGCUUGUGGAUUGUUGGAACAACUGAAGUCCAGGAGCACACUUCCCACUGUUAUCACUUUUCGCCAUGAUGUUUUAAAUUAUUUUUUCAAUGGCAAGGGUAAGACAAGUAAUGAAAGAGGAUCAAUACUUUUAAAUAAAGAGGACUUCCGACGAUGCUGCUUUCCUGAUAAUUGGGACAGAGUUGUGGACUCUAUAGGGGAUGGCGUCAAAAUAGAUUUUCCUGUUAAGUUGCGUGCAUUCCUGUCAUGGAGCCCCAGGACGCAUCACUUAGUUAAGGGAACUGUUGUUCCAUCUCCACGAUAUAGACCAGAGAAGCUUAGCAUUUCAAUGUGCAAAGUUUCAUGCAGCCUGACAUGAACUGUAAAUGCACAA